UCUCGCGUUGACACAAACGGUGGAGUUCGAGCAAAAGCUGGGAGUCGUGACCAGGGCUCAGGUGACCAUUCCCUGCGAUUUCAUUGGUCGCUCAAGUCACAUGACGGGAAAAUCAGCGAUGGAGAAAAGCUAAGGAAGGACUCUAGCCUGGCAGAGGCUUCCGCCUUUACUCAUUUUGCGUGUGGAAUGGCAGCAGUUUGGCAGCAGGUGUUGGCCGUGGACGCAAGGUACAAUGCUUACCGCACGCCCACCUUCCCACAGUUCCGAACUCAGUACAUCCGCCGACGCAGCCAGCUGCUCAGAGAGAACGCCAAGUGUGGCUUUGAGCCAGGGCUGCGCAGGCAUUACCUGAAGCUGCGCAGUCAGCUGUUGGCCCUGCGCUAUGGGCCCCUGUCUGAGCAGAGCAGCUUCAGGGCCAGCAGUGUGCGCAGCUCCCGCACCACACUGGACCGCAUGGAGGACUUUGAGGAGGACCCCCGUGCCCAAGGGGCUCGAGGUCAUCGCCGCUCUGUCAGCAGAGGUUCAUACCAGCUACAGGCCCAGAUGAACAGAGCCGUCUAUGAUGAGAGGCCUCCGGGCAGCUUGGUGCCCACGUCAGUGGCGGAGGCCAGUCGUGCUAUGGCAGGAGACACAACUUUGAGUGAAAACUAUGCUUUUGCUGGCAUGCACCACAUAUUUGAUCAACAUGUUGACUCUGCUGUCCCUCGUCUGCAGUUUGCCAACGAUGACAAGCACCUCCUGGCCUGCUGCUCGUUGGAUGCCACGCUGUCUAUUAUGAUGUUGUCUCCCCCUCCUGCAAGCGUGAAGGUGACCCUGAAAGGCCACGCCGGUCCCGUUACCGACUUCGCCUGGUCUCUGAGCAAUGACAUCAUCGUGUCGACGUCAUUGGAUGGGACCCUGCGCAUUUGGAACACGGAGGACGGUCGGUGCAUUCGAGAGGUCAGGGACCCAGACUCCAGUGAGCUGCUCUGCUGCACCUUCCAGCCCAUGAACAACAACCUAACAGUGGUUGGAAAUGGCAAGAACCACCUGCAGGUGGUUAACAUCUCCACUGGGAAGAAGGUGAAGGGGGGCUCCAGCAAGCUGACGGGCCGCGUGCUGUCGCUCUCCUUUGACGCUCCGGGGAGGAUCCUUUGGGCUGGGGAUGACAGAGGGAGCAUCUUCUCCUUCCUCUUUGACAUGGCGACUGGAAAGCUAACCAAAGCCAAGCGUCUGGUGGUGAGUGAGGGCACCUCCAUCUGCAGCAUAUCUGCUCGCUCCUGGAUCAGCCGAGAGGCCAGAGACCCCUCCCUGCUGGUCAAUGCGUGUUUAAAUAAACUUCUGCUGUACAGAGUGGUGGACAAUGAAGGGACACUACAGCUAAAGAGGAGCUUCCCCAUCCAGCACGGCUCUCAACCCGUUCGUAGCAUCUUCUGCCCUCUCAUGUCUUUCAGACAAGGAGCCUGUGUAGUAACCGGGAGUGAGGACGGCUGCGUCUACUUCUUUGACGUGGAGCGCAACACCAAGGCCAUAGUUAACAAGUUGCAAGGUCACGGGGGUCCUGUUUUGGACGUGAGCUUCAACUGUGACGAGAGCUUGCUGGCUUCGUCCGAUUCCACCGGCAUGGUCAUCAUCUGGAGGCGGGAGCAGAAGUGACCGAAUCCCAGACCAGACAGCCUCCCCACACCGCCGAGGCCCGCUGCUCCUCCGCCGUCCGAUAACUCUCUCCGUAGAUGUACACUGGAAUGUAACCGGCUCCAUCAAAUUUUUCAUGUUAUGAUACUCAAGUGCAAUCAAAUAGAACACCGCCCCGUGUAGGUGAUGGAGAUGUUUUAUUAAUUUAUGUGUGUGCCUGAGUCUGUGUGUGUGAGUCCCUCCAACAACUACAGCUGAGACAUUCAUGGCUUUUCCGUAUGAAAAGAGCACUACUUCCAUGCAUGUGUCAUCGCUUACCUACAGCCUGCGUAGGUCUGACUGAAUUCAUGUGCAGAGGAUGCUAUAGAAUCUAACAGGAAAAAAAAGCUACACUUUUGUCCCACACUGACAUUCCCUCUGGCUUCGAUGUAGUUCACUAUUUAUGUAACUUGUUAUUCAAGCCGUGUAAUGAAGUGUAGUGAAGCUGCCUUGUAGACUUUCUGUUGCCCGUUUCCCUUUAAAAAUCAUGUGCAUGUAACUGAAAUUGCAGUCUUGUAUUUGGCAUUUCAGUCUCGCAGCAAAUGUGUUUGUACUUAUGUUUUUGUGUACUCCGUUAUUGAUGGCUACAGGUUCACAAUCAUUAUUUAACACAAAAUAAACUAUGUUAAGGUUUA